AUGGCCGCCACAGAGAAGGAUCCAGUCGCCAUUGAGGCGGCGAAAAAGCUCGCCAAUGUACCAUGGUGUGACCAUUACGAGAGGAUGAUCUCCGGCGUUCUAUACGACUGCCUAACGCCAGAGCUGGUUCAGGGCCGGUUUAGAGCUCGUCGGUUCAUGCACAAAUAUAACUCAUGGUUCCCAGAUGAUGCAACGCCGGAGUCACUGGAGAAAGGGAGAUUUGAGAUGUUGAAAGGAGUCUUCGGUGGCGUUGGAGCGGACACCUACAUCGAGCCCCCGAUCAGCAUUGAUUACGGCUGCAACAUUGUCGUUGGGGACAAGUUCUACUCAAAUUUCAACCUAGUAAUUCUCGAUUGUGGCUUGGUGACGAUCGGCGAUAGAGUUCUGUUCGGCCCCUUUGUGUCGAUCUUCUCGGCCACGCACGAGACAGAGGUGCAGUCACGGCGAGACGGUAUCGAGUACGCCCGACCUGUGACUAUCGGAGACGACUGCUGGAUUGGAGGCAAUGUCACAAUCAUGCCUGGGGUGACGAUAGGAAAGGGAUGCACGGUCGGUGCAGGAUCAGUCGUCACCAAAGAUAUUCCCGACUUUUCCGUGGCGAUAGGCUCCCCAGCCCGCGUCGUGAAGAAAGUCACACCCGUGCCGGAUAUUCCGAAAACUGACGCGUGA